AUGGCGGCAGACAUCCACAUAGCAGAUCUUGAGCAGCGGCGAAGUCUCCAACAGAGGACGCUGCAUGGUCACCGGUGUCGGAUGACCUCCUACGAUGCCUACCUGGAUGUGCUUAACAAAGCCAAGCAAGAUGCGAACCACUGGGCGGCAACGCUGCACGGCAAAGAGCUACGGCUUCUGAAAGUUUUCUGCGGCUUCUUCAGAGAGGAGAUCCCAAUGUUUGAGCGCUUCCGCCACCCAAUGCUGUGGCUUGUCGAGUGGAGUGUUUUCGAGAGCUUCGUCAUCAUCCAGAUAAUCUGUAACGCCUUGGUCAUGGCACUUCCUGUUGCAUACGACGAGGCAAGUCAGCCUAGAGGUGUGGAGAACACCUACUUUGUGUUUGAGACCCUGGUCUCGGCUCUUUUCACCAUCGGCUGCACAUGCCAGAUUGCCCGGGGCCUUUUCUUCGGCGAUGCUCCGAACCGCUGCUACUUGAAAGAGCCCUCCAACUGGAGAGACGUGAUGGUGGUGAUUUCCGAACAAGACGUGAGGACGAUGAGAGUCCUCCGUAUUUUCCGGGUCCUCCGAGUCAUUAGGGGGAUGACCUUCUUGCCACGCUUGAGGACACCUUGUGAGGAGUUUAAUGCGCCAUGUGCGAAUGUGCCGAAUGCUGCUAGGACCACAGCACAAGCUCUUUCGAAGAGCGUGCAGGCCUCAGAUUUUCGGGCAGGAGGAAGUCGAAGCAGUCUCUGGGUUUCCUCAGUUGUGCCGGCUCUGGAUCUCGUGCCUUGCGAUUACCUUCGCCCUGAUCGUGGUCAGCAUGGCUGGGUGUGA